AUGACACUGCUGAUUCAACGUCAACAACGUCGAGCCAACGCCAUUCUUGCAAAUCGUGCCCACUGGGCACCUGACCUGACUCCCCCCCUCUCUCUCCGUUUCAUAUUUCAGAAUAAGGUCGUGACGGUGGACGGGUCAAAGGUGAAACUUCAGAUCUGGGACACUGCAGGUCAAGAACGUUUCCGAAGUGUCACCCACGCUUACUACAGGGAUGCCCAUGCACUGCUAUUACUCUAUGAUGUGAUGAACAAGAACAGUUAUGAUAACACGAGGGCGUGGUUGGCCGAGGUUCACGAAUACGCCCAAGAUGAUGUGGUUAUUAUGCUCAUUGGUAAUAAGUGUGAUGUAAACGGGGAGCGUGUAGUGAGGAGAGAGGAUGGGGAGCGGCUGGCAAGGGAGUACAAUGUGGCCUUUAUGGAGACCUCGGCGAAAACAGGCCUUAAUGUCGAUCUUGCCUUUAUGGCUGUUGCCAGAGAGCUGAAGGCAAGGAAAUCCAAUAACCCCAAUGAUCGGAAAUUCAACGUGGCAGACUAUGUCCGUCAGGAAGCCAAGACAGAAGCCUGUCUCUGUAAUGUGGGCUAGCUGCAUGACCCUGUGGUCACAAGAACAAAAUAAGAAAUCCAGGAUUUGGAUAUUCCCAUUACAUGUCAGAAAUGUACCUACAAGCAACACACUGCUUUAUUUGGAGAGACAUGUCAAAUCCUCAGGCAGUGAUGCAUGUGCUGCUACAGGCUGGAAAUCCCAGUUUGUAGCAUACCAAGUGUGAAGGUCUUAAUUCAGAGUAGGAUGCGGAGCAUCAGUGAUGUGUUCCGAUAGUGGUAGUGGCAGUUGUCCUGAGUGUAAGUAAUUAUCAAAAGGUGCCGCCAAACUCCAAAAGCUAUAGCAUAGUGCUGGGCAGGAGGAACACACAGGUUAUAGAGAGAUUAAAUGUCUCUCCACCCCUGUUGUGACUUGAUAUCUUGACUGGAAUUUUUUCACAUUCAUGCCAGUGGGUGUUUGUACCUUCUAAACACAUACAUGAACAUACAUAAAUACACACACACACACACACCAUGCUCUUGUGGUGAACACUGUGUUCAAUUAGUGAAACACAAGUAAUACUUGAUAAUGGACUCGUCAGAAUACCUAACAGUGAUUAAGGUCUUAUAAACAAUAUGUAGAUGCAAAGCAAUUUAAGAUUAGCAGAAGUGUUGCAAUUAUUUAACAACUGGUUAUGGCAUUGAAAACACGUUACAUGGCUGCUGAACUGAGCUUCAAAUUUUGAUCAAUGAUCAUGAUAUAUUGUAUAUUAAAUGAACCUAGGUGUACAGGAUGUUUUUCCGACAAGAAAAUACUUAAGUCAUACACUAAACCCCAUGUUCCUCAGUGAAAGCCUUCAUAACAGUUGUAGUUGGUGCUAUAUGUUACACAGCAUUUAAAAUUAUUGACAAACCUUUUCAUGCAUUCAGUAUUUUACUUCGGAAAACAGCACAUUAAGCUUAGAAAUGGUUAAUAAUAAACUAUUAUUCUAUUGAGACGAGCUGAUGGGAUUAACCAAUCUUUGUAAAUGACUUAAUAAAAAUGUAAACUAAAUUAUCAUUUAUACGUAUAAUAAAUGUUAAGGUUUUGCAGACUCAAUAAAUGUGAAUUAAAAUGCCCAUUAAUAUAUGCUGUAUAUACUAAUGCAUAAAAAAUAUAUAGCACAUUCAGGAUAAAUACCAAAAAUAGUUGUCAGCAAUUUAAAUUAUUUUUAACAAAACACAGCAGAAUUGAUUAAUAAGGUUGUUUAGAUUUCACCACAUCCUUUGAAUUUACUAAAAGCCUUUCAAAAGUUAACUUAACUUCAUGCAUAAUUUUAAUUACAUCUUUUGAAAACAUGCUGAACUACUACUACUACUACUACUGAUACAACCUGUCCUCUUACAAAUUACGUCUGACUUUGACCAUUUGUCCGUAUGGCCGAAAAUGGACGUAAUUUGAAAUUAAAAAAAUGAAAAUAAAUUU